CCCUUGGCUCCCGAUUCUCUGAACACUGGGGCUGUUUCCUCAUCGACACAACAUAAACACCAUCGGAGACAUAAGAGGUCCAGACAACAAGGCUACCCCAUAACUAUUUCACAUCGCGCGCAACUGUCGAAGGAUCAAAUCAUCAGUCUCAGUCCCUUCAGUCUAGACUCAUUGACCUCGGUCGCAUUUCUUGCUUGGUCUGUUUUGUUUUCUUGGCAAUUCGCCCAAUAGACUUUACGCCUCUCUACCCACGCAGACGGCGCUACCAGUUGUUUACUACCACAAAACAAGUCCUUCGUAAAGUGAAAAGGGCAUAAGCAAAAAGCCACGGUCGAGAACGCUACGGAUCCAUUAACUUACCCCAGAGAAUCGAACCGCGGAAUGGGUAACAAGGCUUCACCUGCGGAGCUCAAGACCCGCAAGAGAGAAGACUAUCGUUUCUUCCUUGACUACCGCACGCGAUGGAACGACAAUGAUAUGUACGACCACAUGAACAAUUCCGUUUACAAUUUUUUAUUCGACUCUAUCAUCAACGCAUACCUCAUUGAGAAUUGUGGUCUCCAUCCUCCUACAGCACCACAGUUUGGCAUGUGCGUGCACACCCACACUGACUAUUUUUCGUCUAUCGCGUACCCUGCUGUCGCGGAGCUUGCCCUACGUGUCAACAAGCUAGGUAAAUCUAGCGUCACGUACGAGACGGCGCUCUUUGAGAAGGGCAAGGAUGAGGUGAAGGCGGUAGGGGAGUUUAUACAGGUGUAUGUUGAUCGUGAGACGAAUAGACCGCUAAAGGAUGGUAUGGCCUCAACGCUUCGUGAGAAGCUGCAGGAGCUGGUCGUUGAUGACGAUGCAAUUAAAGCAAAGGCUAAGCUUUAAGGAUAUAUGGAAGCAUUGGAUAUGAAUGGCUUACAUGAGCCACUGUGAUAAACAAUUAAUGAUUAGUGCUAUUCGCCUGCCAGUUAGUAUACCUACCACAGGCCAGGAUCGUCGAGGCCAAGAGGCUCAGUACUGCGAAUUCAGAAAGUCAUAAACCUGGCUUGUGAAACCAGUAAAAUUUAGUCACAUUAUUCGGCU